GCCAUGCUUUCCUCUUGCGACGUGCUCCGACGCCGCACGACAACCGCCUUGGCCGUUGUUGCUCUCUCUGGUCUCCUCCUUUAUGCCUUCGCGGAUUCCCACAGUUUCCUUCGUCUAUCCACCAUUUUCUCUUCCUCCUCUCUGUUCAACAGCAGCAAUUCUUUGACUUCGGUUAAGGAGCAACCAAAACUUGAAAAAAUCUUGAAGAAUGCUGCCACGAAAGAUAACACUGUUAUUAUAACAACUUUAAACGAAGCAUGGGCAGCUCCCAAUUCUUUACUGGACCUUUUCCUCGAGAGUUUUCGACUUGGGAAUGGCACUGAUAAGCUUUUGAACCAUUUGGUGAUCAUUGCCAUGGAUCAAAAGGCAUACGAGCAUUGUCUUGUUGUGCAUAAGCAUUGCUUCACUCUUGUUACUGAUGGGAUUGAUUUUCACCAAGAAGCUGGCUUCAUGACUCCAAUCUACUUGACCAUGAUGUGGAGGAGGACCGAAUUUCUGCAACAUGUCCUUGAGAUGGGUUACAACUUCAUUUUCACGGAUACUGAUAUCAUGUGGUUUAGGGACCCAUUUCCACAGUUCUAUUCAGAUGCUGAUUUCCAGAUUGCGUGCGAUCAGUACACAGGAAAGCCCAAUGAUAUGAAUAAUCGACCUAAUGGAGGGUAUAUGUAUGUAAAGUCAAAUAAUCGAUCACGAGAGUUUUACAAAUUUUGGACCACUUCACGGGAAACUUAUCCUGGAACCAACGAGCAAGAUGUGUUUAAUAUUAUCAAGUUUGAUCCUUACAUCUCAAAAAUUGGAUUUAAGGUGAAGUUUUUAGAUACUGCUUACUUUGGUGGGUUUUGCACACCCAGCAGAGAUUUAAAUUUGGUUUGUACAAUGCAUGCCAAUUGUUGUUUUGGCUUAGAUAACAAGCUUUAUGACCUGAGACUUAUGCUUCAAGACUGGAGGGCCUUUAUGUCAUUACCUAAGGAUUUGAAGCAUGAAUGGAUCGUUUCAUGGAGGGUACCACAGAAAUGCAAGUACUCAAAACCACCUAAAAAGUUGUAAUGAGUUUUGCUCUAGUUUCUGUCUCCCUUCAUGAUUCCAUUAUGUCCUUAUAGCGUGUCAAUUUUAGAAGAGCUACUGAAGACUUGUAUUAAUUUGAUGUAUGGAAUGUGUAUAACACACCUCCUUAGGUACUUUUAGUCCCAGAGGAGUUUUGAAAUAAAAAUUAUAGUAAAAG